AUGUCUCUGAAAGCUGUCACAGCGUCAGCCUAUCGGGCCAGCAAAGAGAUAGACUUGGUCUUCCGAGGGCCGCCUACUGAGUGGCCGACCACCAAACAGAAGGAAGAGUUCGAGCGAUGGGCUGAAAUGGAAGGAGGGAACGAGAUUUGGAUAGGAGCCCGGAUAUCCUCCCGAGGGCCCCCCUCUAUUCCCUUACAAUAUGAGGAUAUCCUCGUGCUUCCGGGGAUGGGGGCAUCUGACCUCGCUAGCAGAAUAGAAGGACUUGUCAAAGAUGAUAAGGAUGUCAGGAUCACAGGUAUGGACGCUGAUGUGAGGCGAGCUAGUGUGAGUUAA